UAUGGUCACAGGAGGGGGGUAGAGGCUCUGGUGACAGCGGUGUCCCUAUUCAUAUUCACUGAAAAAUAUACACAUUUUCUUUGGUUAUUGUAUUUUUUGCUCUUUUAUUUAGCACCCUGUGUGGAACUGAUGACUUUCUGACAUGUUGAGUUUUGUGUACGGAAGUGGUCAGCAGGUUGUAAGGUCAGAGGGUAAAGGCUAUCCCUCUUUCGAUUGAGAAUAUACACAGCCAUCUUGGAUCUAACGUAGAGAAGGGAAAUUGAUGCGGUGACAAAAGGCAUGUUUGGUGCUAGAAAGAAAUUUGUAGAGUUCGUCGAGGUGGUCGAUAACGACUUCACCGAUGAAAACAUGUAUUACAGCCAGCCGUCGAUGUUCCCACAUCGGUCGGACAAAGAUUCCUCAAAUGUUUUCCUUCAGAUGCUGCCCUCUCCCUCGCCAUCGUCGUCGGGUCAGCUGUCGCAACUUGGGGCAAGUUUGUACGGUCCACAAAGUGCGCUCGGCUUCUCGGUAAGGGGCAUGGGGAACAGCACACCUCAGUUAAAUAGAAAUCUAACGCAAGGCACGCAGCUACCAAGUCAUAUCACCCCCACAACCGGUGUCCCCACGAUGUCCCUCCAUACCCCUCCAUCACCAAGCAGGGGGACGUUGCCGAUGAACACGAGGAACAUGCUGAACCACUCUCAGGUCGGUCAAGGCAUCGGGUUGAGCGGCAGGACCAACAGUAUGGGUAGCUCGGGGCUGGGCAGCCCCAACCGCAGCUCGCCCAGUAUCAUCUGUAUGCCCAAACAGCAGCCAGCACGCCAGCCCUUCACCAUAAACAGCAUGUCAGGAUUUGGUAUGAACCGCAAUCAGGCGUUUGGGAUGAACAACUCAUUAUCAAGCACCAUCUUCAAUGGCACAGAUGGGAGUGAAAAUGUAACGGGACUGGAUCUGUCAGACUUCCCUGCGUUAGCAGACAGGAGUCGGAGAGAAGGGACGGGAAACCCAACACCGGUGCUCAACCCACUGGCUGGACGGGCUCCUUAUGUUGGCAUGGUGACGAAGCCAUCAACAGAACAGACACAAGAUUUCUCCAUCCAUAACGAGGACUUCCCCGCACUGCCUGGCCCAAACUAUAAGGACCCCUCGUUGAAUAGCGAUGACAGCAAAACUAACUUGAACUCCACGAGCAAGAGCACAUCCAAUGCAGAUGGGCCGAAGUUCCCCGGUGACAAGACGACCUCAGCACAGAACAACAACCAGAAGAAAGGGAUCCAGGUGUUGCCCGAUGGUCGGGUGACGAACAUUCCCUCAGGAAUGGUGACCGACCAAUUCGGCAUGAUCGGCCUGCUGAUGUUUAUCCGGGCAGCAGAGACCGAUCCGGGGAUGGUCCAUCUGGCGCUAGGAAGUGACCUCACGACACUGGGACUCAACUUAAACUCACCAGAAAACUUGUACCCCAAGUUCGCCUCUCCCUGGGCCUCGUCACCUUGUCGACCUCAAGACAUUGACUUCCACGUUCCGUCUGAAUACUUAACAAAUAUCCACAUAAGGGACAAGUUGGCUGCAAUUAAACUGGCACGAUACGGUGAAGACCUGUUGUUCUACCUUUACUACAUGAACGGUGGAGACCUGCUACAGCUUCUGGCAGCAGUAGAGCUCUUCAACCGGGACUGGAGGUACCACAAAGAGGAGAGGGUUUGGAUAACAAGGGCGCCUGGCAUGGAGCCUACGCUGAAGACCAACGCCUACGAGAGGGGAACCUACUACUUUUUUGAUUGUCUUAACUGGAGAAAAGUAGCUAAGGAAUUUCAUCUGGAGUAUGACAAGCUGGAAGAGAGGCCUCACGUGCCAACAACAUUCAACUACAACCCAGCCCAGCAGGCCUUCUAAGGCCCGACCAGUCCAAAGGGCCGCAACGGUUCCUGCACACAGCACGGUUGUCCAGGAGGGGCGCUGUGACUCACACAGCUUGUUUUUAUUCCUCGAGGAUUUGGCUAUCUGACUGGUUGUCGCCACCAUCAAAACUGCCCUGCCUUUCCAAAAUUACAUGCUGCCCAAAACACCAACACUUGUUCUGUUUUUAUUCUUUAUGUUCCUCCUGUUUUUUCGUCUUGUUUCGAGCAGGGUCUGUGUUAUGUUUACGCCUCUGAAUCUGAAGCCUGUUUUCUUUUAGAAAGGAGGACUGACCUUGUGGCACAGGACAGUGACAGAACAAGGUUUACGCCUCGCCAUGAGUUAAAAACGGAGAAAAUGGCAAGGAAAGUUAACAUCCUCAGACGCAAGUGGGAGGGUGAAAGAAAUGCAAUGUUUAUUGUUGCACUAUAUUUAGUAAUAAAAGAACACAAAAUUUGUUUGUGAAUUUUUUUUUUUUAUGUGAACACUCCGUGAUCAUUUUCUUUCUCAUUCUUUUAUGAUUUCAGGGGGUUCAUGCAACUUUUCCACAUGCAUCUCACCUUUUUUCUAUUUGUUUUUUUUUCUUCUUCCUUCCAUUUAAUUGAUUCCAACAUCUGUAUUUGCACCGCCACAUAUUUGUUUUCUGUCUCAUACAUGUUUCUCCCUCUGUACGUCUCUCUCUGUGAGUUCUGUGCCAGUUGAACAUGGACACACAUCUGGGAGACUACAGAGGCUAAACCGCAACACAACGUGGCUCCAGAGCAAACAAAACACUUUCCAGUCUUUGUUACAAUUUUGUAAGAAAUGUGUACAUUUUUUGUUUUGUUGCAUCACAUAAAAUAGUAUAUGUAUGUACGAUUGUGUAUAUAUGAUUGCUAUAUAUAUAUAUAUAUGUAUGUAUAUAUAUAUUACAUCUAUUUUGGAAGAAAUUUUGCCCUGCCUUGUACCUCGUUUUUAUGAGGUGAGCAUGGAUGCAAUAUGUGGACGCAACAGGACAUUUCUGGAUCUGCUGGACAGGGUGUCACAUUGAAAUCUCAUUUAAGGAAAGGCCUGAUUCUCAGCCAAAUAAAACAAGAAAAAAAUAAAAUAAAACUGGAGAUCAUCCCAAGUUCUGAGUCCAAAAGGAGGGAUGUCUUUCAAUUCAAGCUGUUUGAACAGCAGUAAAUGGCAGCAUUUCAUAGGAAAAGGAAAAAUGACAAAUUCAGGAGAGAAAAAAAGAAAAAUCCAGACCAAACUUGUAUUUUCUGAAGUUAAAAAAAGCUGCUUUUCUUUGUAUUAAAGCAGAAAAGGCUUUCCUGAA